AUGGUGCCAAACGCGACAACACUGUUGAAGCCGACAAUGAGUACGAAUUUGAACGCUUCGCUAUCUCUGAACUCGACGUUCCUCGUCCCGACUUAUAUGACGCAAGAGGAGUUCCUCGCGCUACAGAUGACAAACGCCUCAGACGCGAACACGACGCUCAACGAUUCGAUGAUAAACCAAGUGGUACUAAGGACGUGGUAUCCAAGUGGUUAUUCCCCAGCUCACAUAAUAAUAGCAUCAGUAGUGGUCACAGUGUUGAUGAUAAUGGUAGUGGUCGGGAAUAUGCUGGUUAUCAUAGCGAUAGUGACGGAAAAAGCGUUGAAGAACAUACAGAACUGGUUCAUAGCUUCAUUAGCAGUGUCGGACUUUUUUUUAGGGUUAGUGAUAAUGCCUUUCUCAUUAGCGAACGAGUUGAUGGGAUAUUGGAUUUUCGGAUUUUGGUGGUGUGAAAUACAUUCCGCGAUGGAUGUGUUGUUGUGUACGGCCUCGAUAAUGAAUCUGUGCCUCAUAUCGCUGGACCGCUACUGGAGUAUAACUCAGGCUGUGGAUUACCUCAAGAAGAGAACGCCAGCGCGCGCGGCACUUAUGAUAGCCGCGGUCUGGCUCAUGAGCGCGCUGGUCUGCAUUCCACCCUUACUGGGCUGGAGGGUCACGAGACCGCCCGAGCAGUUCCCACAAUGCAAGGUAAGACCUUUCAAAUAUAAUUUAGGUAUGCAAUAUCAUUUUUUCUAA